UUAAUCAUUUGAUUUCGGAAUCUCCAACGAAACGUUUGUUUGUUUUGUCUACUGUUUUUAUAUUCACAAAGAGAAUAGAAAAACUUUUCCAACUAAUUUAUUGUUCUUUUUAUUUUGUUACAUUCAAAGUGUUUCCAAUGUGAAUUUGAAUAACAUCUCAUCCUAAUUAUUCUCAGUGUUGUACAAUUAUAAUAAUGUGAUUCAAGGGAACACAUCAACUGUAAUUAACUUUCACUUUUUCUUUUCGUACAAAGUUCAACGUCUAAUUUUCACCAAUGGAAACUUUUUCAUCUUCUCAACAGUUAACUUUUUUACUCUUCAUCUUAUCACAAUUUAUACUGUCCAGUAGCAGUGGGUCAUCAAUACAAACCAUCAAAGAUAAAGGAGGAGGAGGAAGAUCAAAGGCAGGAGAGGAAGUGGUAGAAAGUAACAGAGUGGAAAAGACAUUUUCAAGAAUAAGAAGAAAAAUCCAUGAAAAGGAUGAACUUAUAUCUUCAUCUUCAUCUUCAUCAUUAUCUUUAUCCAAUCAAUUGGAUUACACAAACGGAUUUUCAAUGUACAUUCCUCCAUCAUCUUCUUCAUCAUCUUUAUCAUCAUCAUCAUCAUCAAAUGCUCACUCCAAUAAUACACCACAUUCAAGCCUAUCAUCAUCAAGAAAUCAUCCUAAAACUGUAGUUUAUCAUCUUAACGUGAACGGUAAAUCAGCUCAUGAAAAGCCUGUUAUUAGACAUUCACAUGGUAUCUUGGGUCAAUCGGUUACCUGGACACCAACAGAAUCGCCAUCACAAUCAACAAUCAAUGUAGUUUCUUAUUCUUGGCGGGAAACUGGUUUCACUGAUUGUAGUUUAUCUUGUCUGGGAGGUAUCAGAGAAAAUAUAAUCAACUGUAUUCGAGAUAAUGAUUCAAUGAUUGUCUCCCAAUACUUAUGCAAUAUUGAAGAUAAACCAGAUUCUAUCACACAGACUUGUAAUGAUCAACCUUGUCCACCCAGGUAUCAUGUUGGUGAAUGGGGUCAAUGUGUUGGAACUUGUGGAUCAGGAACACGAACUCGAACUGUUUUAUGUAAAAUUUUACUCGAUUUUUCAAAAAUGUAUUCAAUUGUUCCGGACGAUGAAUGUCCUGGUAUUAAACCAGAAUCAACUGAAUCGUGUUUCCUACCUCCAUGUUCAACAUCAGCAGAUGAUGAUGAAGAUGCUAAAUAUUUACCUGGAAACUAUGCUGCUCUUAUAGCAUCUUCAUCAUCUACAACAGUAUCAACACCAACAUCAACCGUCAAUUCAGUUAACUACUAUUGGCAAGAUUCUGGUUACACUGAAUGUAGUGCAUCUUGUUUGGGAGGUACCCAAGAAAAUAUAAUCCAAUGUAUUCGGGACAAUGAUACAAUGAUUGUCUCUCAAUACCUGUGCAAUAUUGAAGAGAAACCAGAAUCGAUUACCAAAACUUGUAAUGACCAUCCUUGUCCACCAAGAUGGACAACAACUGACUUUGGACCUUGUUCUAAACCUUGUGGAGCCGGUGUUCAAAUACGAGAGGUAAAGUGUAUCCAUGAGGUUACUCGAGGUUUCGAAAAUGCUUUACAUGUACCACAUGAUAGGUGUAUCGAACCUAAGCCAAUCGAGGAGAGAGUUUGUAAUGAAGAUCCUUGUCCAACCUCUUCGCCUAUUGAUAAAGUGUCGCAAGGUAAUAAAUGUAAAGGAGAAAACUGUCUUAUCGAAGGUAAAAAGAAACGAAAGUGUAGCAAAGAUCGAUCAUCAUUAUCGAACUCACAUCCAUCAAAAUGCAAUAAAAAGAAGAAAAAAUCUAAACACACCGAUUGUAAAUCGGGUAAGUGUAAAUCUAAACACGGAGGUGGAACAGAGAGUGACAAUAAUACCAUUGAUCCUUAUGGUCAACCAUUCAUUCAAACACAAAAUGAGAAGAAAGUUUCACUUCGAAUUGGUGGAACGGCGAUCAUUCAUGAAGGAACGAUUCUUAAGAUUCGUUGUCCUAGAAGAAAAAUGGAAAAUGACCUUUUACCCGACAUUGAGUGGACCAAAAACGAUUUUGCAAUUAAUUAUGAUGAUAAGAUUAGUCUCACUCGUCUUGGUGCUCUUAAAAUUCACGAUGUUGACUUUACCGAUUCGGGGACUUACACUUGUGCCUAUGGAAAUACAAAGUUAUCGAUGACAGUUCAAGUUGUCGCGUUUAAACCAACCACAUCCACCACAACAACACAAGCAACUUACCUGGACAAUGGUGAAUCAAUUAAUUAUGCAAUCGAAACAAAAGAACCACCAAGUAUCCCUGAUGAUUAUAGUGGUCAGUUGAAGACUGGACCAUCACCACCAUAUGAAUUGGACUCAAGGAAACGAGGGUCAAGUUUGAAUGAAUUGUCAUCUUAUUUUAAGAAAAAUAAACUCGAUGAUCCUAAUAAACUGGACAACCAGGAGAAACCAACUUGGUACCAGUUACGUAAAAUUGGUCAAGAGAUUAAUAAUAACAAUCGCAAUUGGGAUCUGAUGAAAUCGAAGGACAUUGAGAAUCGGCCAAUUUAUUAUGCUGACCAACAGUCAAGUCAAUUGUUUCAUAAUGUUGCUGAUGAUGAUUCUCGAUACCUUAAAUCUGGUCAAUCCACCAAAGGGACAGUCGAUGAAGCUAAAGAAUCGAGAAUACUGAAUAAAGUGAAACUGUCUGAUAAAAGUGCCUUACCAUCCAAUCCAAUUUCCGAUUCGGUUGACCAAUACAUUUCAGGAAAACUGAUUAAAAGGGAAUUUGUUUGGUUGGUCAGUCCAUGGUCAUCAUGUUCAGUUGCUUGUGGAGGUGAAGGAUUUGAGGUUCGCGCUAUUAAAUGUAUUGAAAAACAUUCAAAUGUAUCGAUCGAUCAGGAUGAGGCCUCAUGUAUCAAUUCUGGCCUUGGUAAGCCUGAGACGAAUCGUACUUGUCACAUUGAAUGUCCAAAGUGGACAACCGGACCAUGGGGAGAGUGUUCCAAGUGUUUAAGCUUCGGACAAGGUAAACAAACUCGAGAUGUAAAUUGUACUCUUUCCGGUGGGAAAAUUUUACCACCAACUUCAUGUGACAUGAAUAAAUAUCCCGCCGCUGCUCAGACCUGUUCAAAUGUCGAUUGUAGGCCAAUGUGGUACUCUAGUAAAUGGUCACCCUGUUCGGGUGUUUGUGGUAAAGAGGGUACACAAGAUCGGACAGUUGAUUGUGUCUGGUUAGCUGAUAGAUUAAUGAAAACAGUUAAUUGUGAUCAAGCAAAUAAACCAAUAACUGUUAGAAAGUGCCAUGUACAUUGUGAUAAAGAUAAAAAUUUUGAUUGUGUUAAUGCUUCAUUCCUAUGUAAAUAUGCUGUCUCUCAAUCUUGUGGUCAUCCUGUCUUCCGGUCAUCUUGCUGUAAAUCUUGUCGUGAUUCCGAUUUCAUAACAAUUAAAAGUUAAUCAUUUGGAAAAAGAAACACAAUUAAAACCAUUACCUUACAAUCAACUGGACAUCAACCAUUUAAAAGGUUAAAAUGUAAAAAAAUAAAUCCAAACAAUUAACAGAUAACUGAAUCAAUUUUGAUUGUAAAACUUUUUCGUUCCCAAUUUACAUUUACAAUUUGUUUUAAUAACUUUUAUUUAUAUUUAAUGUUAAUUGAUAAUAACAUUAAAUUCACACGAUAACAAUCAAUUUAAUUAGAUUGUAAUAAUUGUACAGCAAAAAGUUAAUCAACAUCCUUUGAUUAUCAGGAAACACAAUCAAUUAAAUUACCAAACAAUUAAAUAAUAGUUAUACAAACACACAUAAAGAUUGAUUGAAAACAAACAAUGUAAUAUAAUAAUAAUUACUUAAUUAUUAACCCUUUAAUUGCUGAUUGAACAAUUAAAUUGUAAUCAAUUUUCAACCAAAUUACACUCAUUUA